GGCUAGCUGCUAAGCGAUCACCCGGUGAAAGUCUCAGUUCUGCCCAUGAACGUUUACAUUUUUUAUAUAUUAUCACAUUUUAAUUUUUCGGCACUGAGUUUAGAUCGACGCUGAUCUGUUUAAUACCAGAUGGAGAAAAAAAAGAAUAAUCAAACUUUAACAUAAUUCAGCUCCGAUACGCUGCUCUUCAACUGUCGCAUUUAUGGACACAUAAAACGGGCUUCAACCGAACUGUCCGGUUCGGUUCUGCCUUCAGCACAGGUUCAAGUUUGUGUUUGUCUCAGAGGGAUGAUGGUGAUCUCUCAGCUCUUCAUCUUGUCCUCCAGAGGCGACCACCUCAUCUACAAAGACUAUCGUGGAGAGGCAGAUCGUGAUGUCAUCGAUACUUUCUAUGAGAAGGUCACAGCGCUGAAGGGAGACCAGCCUCCGGUUGUCAUGAACCACAAGGAUUUGCACUUUGUCCACGUCAAGCAAGGAGGACUCUACUGGGUUGCCACGACGACAGCGGACUCCUCCCCAUUCACCAUCAUCGAGUUCCUCAAUCGACUCGCUGCUCUGGUCAAAGAUUUCUGCGGCGGCAUCUCAGAGAAGGCCGUCCAGAUGAACUUCGCUCUGAUCUACGAGCUUCUGGACGAGGUUCUGGACCACGGAUACAUCCAGACCACGUCCUCCGACAUCCUGAAGAACUUCAUCCAGACAGAGGCUGUUUCCUCCAGAACCUUCAGCCUGUUUGACCUCAGCAACGUGGGGCUGUUUGGAGCAGAAACUCAGCAGAGCAAAGUUGCUCCAGGUUCUGCUGCCACCAGACCCAUCCAGUCUAGCAGAGAGCAGGGAGGGAAGAGCGAGAUCUUUGUGGACGUGAUCGAGAGGAUGUCCGUAGUCAUUGGAUCAAACGGGGUUCUGAUGAAGGCUGACGUGGAAGGAGAGAUCCGGGUCAAGUGCUACAUGCCAAACUGCUCCGAGAUGAGGAUCGGUCUGAACGAGGAGUUCUGCAUAGGGAAGGCUCAAGUCAGAGGAUACGGAGCAGCGGUGCGGGUCGAUGAGUGCAGCUUUCAUCAGAUGGUCCAGCUGGAGGAGUUCGACAGCCACAGGAUCCUGCGUCUCUGUCCGACACAGGGAGAGCAAACGGUGAUGCAGUACCAGCUGAGGGAUGAGCUGCCGGCGCCGCUGCCUUUCCGCCUCUUCCCAACCAUAGAGAGGGACCCUGCUGGAAGGCUCCUGAUGUACCUGAAGCUCCGCUGUGAUCUUCCACCAAAGAGCUCUGCCAUCAAUGUCAGCAUCUUCAUCCCGGUUCCAAAAGGCUCUGUCAGCCUGUCCCAGGAGUUGAGCAGUCCGGAUCAGAACGCUGAGCUGCAGCAGCAGAACCGAGCUGUGGUCUGGAGGAUCCCGCGUUUCUCUGGAGGAACCCAGCUCUCCGCCCUGUUCAAGCUGGAUGUCCCGGCACUGAGCUCGGCCUCCAUGUUAGAGCUCGGUCCGGUCGCUCUGACCUUCGAGCUGCCCAAGCUGACCGCCACCGGACUGCUGAUCCGCUUCCUGCGCCUGACUCCGGUCCAGCCCGGCACACCGCAGCGCUGGGUCCGAUACGUCACUCACUCCGACUCCUACGUCAUCCGGAUCUGAACUGGGAUCAACCAGAACUACGUCUGUAAAUAAAGUUGUGUUGAACCAAGCCAGACCCGAUGCUUGUUGUUUUUGGACUUGAGCAGAACUAGAACCAACCCUGAGCAGAACCAGACCAGGUGACUUUUCUCCAGGUUUAGUUUCUGUUGUGUCCAUCAGAUUGCGGAACCAGCGGUAAUCAGUCCACCUAUUCAGAACUAGAGGUCCAAAACAAUCCGAACAAAUGAAUACCCUGCUGGCUGAAGGAGAACCCUCAGAACCAGAACCUUCAGCGGCGAAGCAGCUGGAUAUAGACCUUCAAAAUAAAGCUACCCUCAUGCUGGGUUCUGGAAUCUAUCCAGUUCUCAUAUUGUAGAACCUUCAGUUCUCUAUAACCCAAAUUACACUACUCUGAAAACUGACCCGCCCCGAGUUGGGACCUAGUUUGGAUCAGUUAACCGUGCCGACCUCGGUUCCUCACGACUUGCACACCACACUAGCACGCAGGCUCAGACUGGUAAUCU